UCCGUUAAACGGCUAAAGUCCUACUUUGCUUUUUAUAAUAGUACCACUUUUUUUUUUUUUUAUACAUCUCUUUGUGUUUUCCUUGGAUACUGGAAGAGCAAUUUGUUUUCUUUUUCAAUUUAAGAAUAAUAAAAGGAAACCUUUGGGAAAUUCUGGGUUCUGGGAUUUGUGAGGUAUCAAUUAUUCCUUGGAAAAGUUGGGUUUUUUUUUUUUUCUUUUGGAUUUUCUUUGGAGAAAUGGAUGAUGAAUAUGCUAAGCUUAUCAGGAGGGUGAACCAACCCAGAGUUCUGAUUGACAAUAACGCUUGUGAGGAUGCCACUGUUAUCCAGGUUGACAGUGUCAACAAACAUGGAAUUCUCCUGGAAGUUAUCCAAGUGCUUACUGAUAUGAAUCUUAUAAUAACAAAAGCAUACAUAUCAUCUGAUGGAGGAUGGUUUAUGGAUGUCUUUAAUGUUGUUGACAAUGAUGGCAACAAAAUCACAGAUAAGGAAGUUAUCAACUAUAUUCAAAGGAGAAUUGAAACUAGUGCUGGCUUUGUACCUUCACGAAGAGGCACUGUUGGGGUAAUGCCUUCAGAGGAGCAUACAUCAAUUGAACUUGCUGGCACUGAUAGGCCUGGUCUAUUAUCUGAAGUAUGUGCAGUUCUUGCAGACCUUCAUUGCAAUGUUGUAAAUGCAGAGAUAUGGACUCAUAAUGCUAGGGCUGCAGCUGUAGUUCAUGUGACAGAUGAUUCAACAGGCUGUGCAAUCAGUGAUCCAAAACGGCUCUCAACAAUAAAGAAAUUACUUUGUAAUGUUCUCAAAGGAAGUGAUGACUUGAAAACAGCAAAAACAAUGCUUUCAACGCCAGGUGUUAUGCAUAGGGAGAGAAGGUUGCAUCAAAUGAUGUUCGCAGAUAGGGACUAUGAAAGGGUUGAGAGGGCAGGAGUGAGGGCAGGAGUAAGGGCAGUAGAGGAGGGAAGCUCAAGACCCCAAGUCACUCUGUUGAAUAUUGAGAAAGAUUACACUGUUAUUACCAUGAGGUCAAAAGAUCGACCAAAACUAUUGUUUGAUAUAGUCUGCACUCUCACAGAUAUGCAAUAUGUUGUUUUUCAUGGAAUGGUCAACACAGGAAUGAUGGAAGCUUAUCAGGAAUUCUAUAUCCGACAUGUAGAUGGGCUCCCCAUUAGCUCGGAAGCUGAGCGUGUACGUGUUAUACAAUGCCUUGAAGCAGGCAUUGAGAGGAGAGCAUCCGAGGGACUAGAGCUAGAACUGUGCACAGAAGACAGACUUGGCCUCCUGUCUGACAUCACCCGGGUGUUCCGGGAAAACAGCUUGAGUAUCAAGAGAGCAUUAAUUUCAACAAAAGGUGGCAAGGCCAAGGACACCUUCUACGUCACAGACGUGACAGGAAAUCCUGUCGAUCCCCAGAUCAUUGAUUCUAUCCGUCGACAGAUUGGACAGUCUGUACUGCAGGUGAAACGUAACUCCAGUUUUGCACCAAAACCACCUCAUCAGGAGACAACAAUGGGUUAUUUCUUCGGAAACCUAUUCAAAGCACGAACUUUUCAGAAUUUCAGGUUAAUCAGAUCUUACUCUUGAUUUACUCCCGGUAUAGUCCUCCUUCAAGUAUAUAUUUGUAUAGGAAUAUCCGAUAUACACGGGGAGCAAGCAAGAAAAGAAAACUUUGUAAAUGACCCUCUCCCUUGCUUAGUUACCAAUGUCCUCAUACUGUAAAGGAAAAGAAAAAGCAUUAGGCAGUCACUGUACUGCAAAAGUUACUUCUUCUAUGUGUUCAUCUUUUCAUUAUAUCUCGUGUAAAUAACAUAUGUACAGUGUAAUACUGUAAUGUUUACCUGAAACGUACAAAGCUAGAAGUUUGUAUAGAAUUAGCCUCAAUGAAAAAUGAAAAACAAAAUAUAGGUAUCUUGUGAAU